AUGCCAGGUCACGAUGCAGACUUGGUCAUCUGGGAUCCAGAAAAGGAAUUUACAGUAAAAGAGGAAAACAUACAUCACAAAAAUAAAUAUGUCGUCUCUCUCUGUCCCACCACCGCAAUGUCUCUCACAAACUUUUGCGGUCCCACACCGGCUUCUGCUGGGACCGGGACCCUCCAACAUGCCGGCUCGGAUUGUGACAGCUGCGUGCCAACCAAUGUUAGGACACCUGCACCCUGAGACCAUAGAGAUUAUGGAUCAGAUAAAGAGUGGGAUCCAGUAUGCGUUUCAAACUCAGAAUCGCAUGACUCUGGCAGUGAGUGGGCCGGGUCAUGCUGCUAUGGAGUGUGCUAUCUUUAACUCAGUGGAGCCUGAAGAGAGUGUUCUCAUUGCAGUCAACGGGAUCUGGGGGGAGAGAGCUGCUGAAAUCGCACAGAGAAUAGGUGCCAAAGUAAACACCAUUGUAACCUCAGCUGGCAGGUACUUCACAAACAAUGAAAUAGAGCAGGCAUUAGUCAAAUAUAAGCCAGUUAUGUUCUUCCUCACACAUGGAGAGUCUUCUACAGGAGUGGUCCACCCCAUAGACGGCAUUGGUGAACUCUGUCACAAAUAUGGUAGUUUGUUCUUGGUUGACUCUGUUGCAGCACUUGGAGGUUGUCCAAUCUACAUGGACAAGCAAGCUAUCGACAUUUUGUACACUGGCUCUCAGAAGGUCCUAAACGUACCUCCAGGAACUGCACCAAUCUCCUUCAGUGAGCGAGCAUGCUAUAAAAUCUUCAACCGGAAGACAAAGCCUGUGUCUUAUUUUCUGGACCUGAGCUGGCUGGCCAGUUACUGGGGCUGUGAUGAUAAACCUGCUCGCACUUAUCAUCACACUGGACCUAUAACUGCUUUCUACAGUCUGAGAGAAGGUCUUGCCAUACUUGCAGAAAUGGGUCUUGAAAAGUCAUGGAAGCGACACAAAGAUGUGGCAGAAUACUUCCAUGCAGGCCUGGAGAAGAUGGGUCUCAAGCUCUUUGUGGAGGAGAAGAAAGCGAGAUUGCCCACUGUUACUACAAUAGUAGCACCCCCAGGUUAUGACUGGAAAGAGAUCACAGGUUUUGUUAUGAAGAAUCACAACAUAGAAAUCUCUGGAGGUCUCGGGCCAUCAUUUGGCAUGGUCCUGCGUGUGGGUUUGAUGGGGUGUAACAGCAACAAGGACCAUGUGGACAUGAUUUUAGAUGCUCUUUCUGAUGCACUUAAACACUGCCACAAGAGCAAAGUGUAAUAUCUUGUGUAGCAAACACAACUGCUGCUGAAACAUUAUGUAUAAAACCUAACUUCAUAUAUAAAAUGUAUAAUUUCUAAGAAGUACUCUGAAUUUGAGGGGUGGCACGGUGGUGUAGUGGUUAGCACUGUCGCCUCACAGCAAGAAGGUCCUGGGUUUGAACUCAGCGGCCGGUGAGGGCCUUUCUGUGUGGAGUUUGCAUGUUCUCCCCGUGUCCGCGUGGGUUUCCUCCGGGUGCUCCGGUUUCCCCCACAGUCCAAAGACAUGCAGGUUAGGUUAACUGGUGACUCUAAAUUGACCGUAGGUGUGAAUGUGAGUGUGAAUGGUUGUUUGUCUCUGUGUGUCAGCCCUGCGAUAACCUGGUGAUUUAUCCAGGGUGUACCCCGCCUUUCGCCCGUAGUCAGCUGGGAUAGGCUCCAGUUUGCCUGUGACCCUGCAGAACAGGAUAAGCAGCUACAGAUAAUGGAUGGAUGGAUACUCUGAAUUUGAAAUCACAACUAAAUAAACAAGAAUUGGUUUUAUUCUGACACUUGUAACAUUAUUAAGAUUGUGGAUGACAAUUUGGAGUUGUAGCAGUAAGUUCUGUUUUAUGAAUUUCUAAUAAUAUAGUUUCUCUAAAAAUACUUUUUACUUAAAAUAUUUUAUAUAAUUAUUUGUUGAUUGUUAG